AUGUCAAGUGUACAAGAACAAGAGUUACCAGAACCAGACCAUUACAAGGAUGUUAUGAGUGCUGAUGAUGAAGAUGAUGAUGUUGAGAUGCUAGAUUCUGUGAAUGAGGAUCCAACUGUUGGUUGUGCACCUGCACAAGUUGCACGUGGAAAGAAAAAUAGACUUAGAUCCGAAGUUUGGGAAUUUUUUAAACUCGUUAAGUAUAAGGAUGGUACAACGAAGGGGGUGUGCAAGGCUUGUAAUGUAGGAUAUAAAUAUGAAAGCCAAAGAGGUGGAACCUCAGCCAUGAAAAGGCAUAAGUGCAUUAAACGUCAGUCUAUGGACGUAGGGCAGAUGAUAUUAGCUUCACAAAAUACCCAGCUGUCUACCCGUGUACGCAAGGUUGAUCAAAUGAAAUUACGGGAUUUGUUCUCAGCUUUACUCAUUGCAAGAAAUGUUCCAUUUGCUUUGGUAGAGUGGAAAGAGUUUAGGGAUAUAUGUGCUUAUUUAAAUGAUGACUUUAAACCAAUAUCAAGGAAUACUGGGAAAGCCGAUGUGGUAAAGAAACAUAAAGCACAAAAAGAAGUUAUUCGCAACAGAUUGAAACUUGCUCCAGGUAGGAUAUGUCUAACAUCAGACAUGUGGACUUCUGUAACAACUACUGGAUAUAUAAGCUUAACUGCGCACUAUCUUGAUAAAGAUUGGGUAUUGCAAAAGAAGCUUCUGAAUUUCUCUCCCCUUCCACCACCUCAUACAGGUGAACACCUUUCUUCUAAGUUAUUUGCAAUGAUAGAAGAUUGGGGAAUUGAAGAAAAGGUAUCCAACAUCACCUUGGAUAAUGCUGCAAAUAACGGAGCUUGUGCUGGAAUUAUGAAGAGUAGACUUGUUGCAAAGAAGAUCUUGUUGAACGAUGGAAAAUACUUUCAUGUGCGUUGUUGUGCUCAUAUCUUAGCUUUUAUUGUAAAAGAAGGACUUACGAAGAUUGAUCCAGCCGUGCUUAAGAUUCGAGCGUCAGUGAAGUCCCUUAAAAAGUCCCAAGUAAGAAAACAAAUGUUCUUGGACAUUGUUGAAACUUUAGGAAUGUCUGGUCUGAAAAAGGGUAUUCGGCAAGACGUAAAGACAAGGUGGAAUUCAACUUAUCUUAUGUUAGACAGUUGUAUCUUGUAUAAGCCAGUUUUCUCUCAUUUAAAGUUGGUGGAUUCAGACUAUGAAGACUGUCCAACUAAUGAAGAAUGGGAACAAAUUGAAAAUUUGUCAAGUUCAGGUGUUACUAAAGAAAGAGAGCAGAAGUAA